CAGUUGUUUUGUAUGGAUCACGAACUAGUUCACAAGCAUAUGUAUAUGGCACGUCACUAGUUUCCUAUUCUGUUGUUAACCAUAGAUAGCCCAUAAAUUUGUGCAAUGAGUGCCCUGUUUAAUUUCCAAAGCUUGCUGUCCGUCAUCCUGCUCCUGAUCUGCACCUGUGCUUAUUUGCGGUCUAUGUUCCCCAGCAUCAUCGACCGGAAAAAGACUGGCCUGCUUGGCACAUUUUGGAAGCUGGCGCGCAUAGGUGAGCGAAAGUCGCCCUGGGUCGGUGCCGCUUGCCUGUUGAUGGCGUUCACUGUUCUCUUCUGGAGCUAACCAUAAGUUUUAGUAAUGUCACUGACAUAUUCAUGGCCUAAACGCAACAGUCAAAUGUUUUUCGUAUAUGUAUAACUGAAAUGUACGGAUUGUAAAUAUAUGCAUGCACAAACAUGCAUUGUUUACCACUGGAAUUUACUGUAAA